UUCCGCAAAAAUGGCGGCGGCGGCGGCGCGGAGGCGGCUGGCGGCCUGGGGCGGGAGCGUGCGGCGCGGCCUCGCCGCCGGCCUGCGCGCGGCGGUGCAGCCCGGCCCCGUGGCGGCGGCAGUGGCCGGAGUGGCGCUGGGAGGCAGCGGACUGGCCUGGUACCACGGCCGCAUGAGCGUCGCGGUCCCCGCGGGGAGCCUCACCGUCUUCGCCAAGAAAGAUGUUGACUGUGAAGAGACUAUCAGGAAGUCAUCUCUUCGUAAGCAGCGCUUCAUGCAGUUUUCUUCACUGGAACAUGAAGGAGAAUAUUACAUGACACCACGAGAUUUCCUAUUUUCAGUAAUGUUUGAACAAGUAGAACGUAAAACUUUAGUUAAGAAGAUGACACAAAAGGAGCUUGAUGAUAUCCUGGCUGGAAUCCGAGAAGCUAAUCAUGGGUCCUCCUUUUUCAGAGACCUUGGUGAUAAAGGGAUAAUUUCAUAUACUGAGUAUCUUUUUCUGCUUACAAUCAUCACUAAACCCCAUUCUGGUUUUCAUGUUGCUUUUAAAAUGCUGGAUACAGAUGGUGAUGAGAUGGUUGAGAAAAAGGAAUUUUUUAAGCUGCAGAAGAUCUUGAGUAAGCAAGAUGACAUAAAGACAAGAACUGAACUAGAAUGUGAGGAAUCUACAAUUAAAGAACCUAAAAUUAAUACAACUCUUCAGUUGCGUUUUUUUGGGGAAAAAGGAAAAAGAAAACUUCAUUAUCGAGAAUUUCGAAGGUUUAUGGAAAGUUUACAAGUAGAGGUUCAAGAAAUGGAAUUCCUGCAGUUUUCUAAAGGUUUGAGUUUCAUGAGAAAAGAAGACUUUGCAGAGUGGCUUCUUUUUUUCACUAACACUGAAAACAAAGACAUCUAUUGGAAAAAUGUGAGAGAAAAGUUGUCAGCAGCAGAGAGCAUUAGUUUGGAUGAGUUCAAGUCAUUUUGCAAUUUUACAAACCACUUGGAGGAUUUCGCUAUUGCCAUGCAGAUGUUUAGUUUAGCUCAUCGCCCUGUGAGACUAGCUGAGUUUAAAAGAGCCGUGAAAGUAGCCACAGGGCAGGAGCUCUCAAACAAUAUUUUAGACACUGUCUUCAAGAUCUUCGACUUGGAUGGUGAUGAAUGUCUCAGUCAUGAAGAGUUUCUUGGGGUGUUAAAAAACAGGAUGCAUCGUGGUUUAUGGGUGCCACAACAAGCAAGCGCACAGGAAUACUGGAAAUGCGUGAAAAGAGAAAGUAUUAAAGGGGUGAAAGAAGUCUGGAGGCAAGCCGGACAAGGUCUUUAGGAAGUAAUGGUGUGCGGAUUCUAUUGCUGCAAGUGCCAAAAUCUGUUUCUUCAGUACCAAAUUAUUCUCAAAAUCUUUGUUGACUUCUUUUAUAAUAUAACGAUAUCUUGUGUUUGUUUUCUAUUCAGUAAUUUUAGUAGGAUCUCUGAAAACAGAUAAUAGAUUCUGUCAGAAGGCCUAGAAAUAAAGUAACACUUUGUAUUUUGAUAAGGUAGGAAACCUAGGUUGCAGGGCAGGGGGUGGGGAGGGUUAAUGCCCAGCAGUGCUAGGGACUGGCUACUCCCCAUGCAGUGCCCAGGAUCAAACCCAGGAUCCCACCUGCUCCAGCCUACUGAGUUGUCUCCCUGACCCCCUUACUAACUUUUUAAACACAGUAGCACAAAAUCUACAACUGUAAAAAAAAAAAAAAAAAAAACAUGAUUAUUGUUAAAAAAAAAAAACACAAUAGCACAAUUCUUUGCAAGGGUAAACUGCAUGAUGAAAAAAGUAAUUGAUAUGCAAGUCCAGUAUCUAUUCCACAAGUCCCAAUAGAGCCAAUUACAUUUUUUUUAAUUUCAGUUUUUUUCAGUAUGUAUCUUAUACCUCAUAAACUUCUUACAUAUUUUAUUUCAACGAAUUAAAUGUCUUUAAAAUAAUAAGGUUAUUUAUUUCCUCACUAAUAACGAAAUGCUUGAGUAACAAGUGGUAGGUGCCUUAUUCCAGUUUCUUAAGUAUUUUGUGCUGACUGUAAAAUGUAAAUUAAUUUAAAAUUUAUUAUUUUAGAAGUAACUUUUUGUUUCAUUUAUUGCGAAACCAAACCAAGAGAAAGGGGUAAAUGCAAAAAGAGCAUCAUCCAUCAUUUCUUUUUUUUCCAAAGAAAUAUUAGCUAACUUCCCUCACAUGUCUGUCAAGAUACCCCUUAUGGAUAAAGACCAGAUAGUAGAAUUAUUUCUUGUCUUCUCAGGCUCACCCUAACUUUUUCCAGCUCUAUCUGGCACUGAUGCACCAUUUGACCAUUCUCGUUUUCCAUUUUCCCACUGUGCACCAUGUAUUCUUCAUAUUUCUCUACACUUCCCUCUGUAUCCCAUGUCCUCAUAUAAUUGCUUCUCCUGACCCAAGAUACUUCCAUCCUGUCUUCCAAAGUUUUAGAUAGCGCUUGACUAUUUGCAUAAAAAGUUUCUUUCCUAAACUGUCAAAUCAGGACUAGAAACAGUACUUUAGUCAUCUAUCUAUCUAGAAACAGUGCUUUAGUCAUCUAUCUAAAUUUCUUUUUAGAAACCAGUUCCCAGGUUUCUAAAAAGCAUCGAACAAAAACUUGCUUAAAUAAAAGGAAAGAAAAAGGAAAGACGAGAAGAAAGAAAAGAAGAAAACAAGGGAUAGGUAGGUGGAGGAUUAUGGGAGGAAAGUGAGAAGUCAGUCAAUAUACCAGGUACUUGCUCAGUGCUGAGUGCUCAUGGUAAAUUUAAACAGGUGGCUUCUUCUCCCAUGGGUUAUUUAAUCUAAAGGAGAAAACUGAAAACUAGCCAUAAAUCAUGUACGACAUCUAAUACAUAUGAAGAUUUUUUUUAAAGCAGAGAAAUGUUAGAGAAGAGAAGAGUUGACCUUCUUAAAAGCAACCAAGGGGAUUGAGGAUACAAUUUUCAAGUUGUCAGAGCCCAGAGAAUAUGUUCUACAACUUCAAAAAUGCAUAGAAUGAGUAAUUUGUGUUUGUCAGUAACAUGUGAUUUCUGCAAAGCAGUCUAAUCUCCCUUUGAAAGUGUGUGGAUAAGCAUCUGUAUUAAAUAAGACGAGUAGAUUUACCAGUGUCUCCUUUCCCUAAUGUGAAGUAAGCAGGCAGACAUCCACCUAAUGAAAUGUAAAUCUUAAAUUAUUUGCUUUACUGAAUUUUAUUAAAUAAAUUAUUGAAUCUCCUAA